AUGGAACCACAGAAUUUCACACGGGUAUCAGAGUUUAUCCUUUUGGGAUUCUCACAGACACGGGAGCUCCAGUACCUCCUGUUUGUGGUGUUCCUAUUUAUCUAUGCCACCACAGUUGUGGGAAACCUCCUCAUCAUGGUCACAGUGACUUUUGACUCCAGACUCCACACACCCAUGUACUUUCUGCUCAGAAAUCUGGCUGUCAUUGACCUCUGCUGCUCCACAGUCACUUCUCCAAAGAUGCUGGUUGACUUCUUUCAUGAAACCAAGACUAUCUCCUACCAGGGCUGCAUGGCCCAGAUCUUCUUCUUCCACCUUUUGGGAGGUGGGGCUGUCUUUUUCCUGUCAGUCAUGGCCUAUGACCGCUACAUAGCCAUCUCCCGGCCCCUCCACUAUGUCACCAUCAUGAACACGCAACUCUGUGUGGGGCUGGUAGUGGCUUCCUGGCUGGGAGGCUUUCUUCAUUCCAUUGUCCAGCUGGUUCUGAUGCUCCCACUUCCCUUCUGUGGCCCCAAUGUGCUGGAUAACUUCUACUGUGAUGUUCCUCAAGUACUCAGACUAGCCUGCACUGACACUUCUGUCUUGGAGUUCCUCAUGAUCUCCAACAGUGGGAUGUUAGUCCUUAUCUGGUUCAUCCUUCUUCUGAUCUCUUAUGCUAUUAUCUUGGUGAUGCUGAGGUCCCAUUCAGGUCAAGCAAAGAGGAAGGCAGCCUCCACCUGCACUACCCACAUUAUUGUGGUAUCCAUGAUCUUUAUUCCCUGUAUCUACAUCUACUCCCGUCCAUUUACCCCCUUCCCCUUGGACAAGGCUGUGUCCAUCAGCUAUACGGUCAUGACCCCCAUGCUCAACCCCAUGAUCUAUACCCUGAGGAACCAGGAGAUGCAAUCGGCCAUGAAGAGAUUAGGCAGAUACUUGGUGAUUUGUAAGAGAGAAUGA